AUGUUAAACUCGCUGGGAAAGGCUGGUUUGCUGGUGGCCUUUACCUUCGGUACGGUGACCACUGCCGGUAAUGUGAUUACUAGCGACACCUAUUUCUAUGGUGACUCACCUGCAGUCUACCCUACUCCCGAGGGAACUGGUGCCGGUGAUUGGGCAUCUGCCUAUGAAAAGGCCAGGGCCUUUGUUGGAAAGCUAUCCGAUGACGAAAAGGUCAAUCUGACAGCAGGCACGAGCUCUAAAACCGGUUGCUCUGGAUUCAUUCAGGGCAUAGAGCGCUUGGGUUUCCCGGGCAUGUGCGUUAGUGACGCUGGAAAUGGCCUGAGAGGGACUGAUUACGUUAAUGGUUGGUCGUCUGGAAUAUCUGUCGGGGCCAGUUGGAACCCUGAACUUGCCCAUAACCGAGGAAAGUUCAUGGGGAAGGAGUUCCGUAAGAAGGGUGUGAACAUGAUUCUAGGGCCGGUGGUUGGUCCUUUGGGCCGCUUAGCACUGGGUGGUCGAAACUGGGAGGGGUUUGCAGCAGAUCCUUACCUCAGUGGAAUUCUGGUUUCCGAGUCUGUGAAGGGUCUUCAAUCCCAGAAUGUUGCUACGUCUCUCAAGCACUACAUCGGAAACGAACAAGAAACUAACCGUAAUCCAAGCACGAAUUCUGAUGGAAAUGCUGUUCAGUCUGUUUCAUCCAACAUGGACGAUAAGACUAUCCAUGAACUAUAUCUUUGGCCUUUUCAAGAUGCGGUUCUCGCUGGUACGACGUGUGUUAUGUGCUCAUAUAACCGCUUGAACAACUCAUAUGCAUGCCAAAACAGCAAAACCAUCAAUGGCCUUCUGAAGACUGAGCUUGGAUUUCAAGGUUAUGUCGUCACGGAUUGGGGUGCUCAACAUGGUGGAAUUGCUAGUGCGAAUGCUGGACUGGAUGUUGUUAUGCCAUCAUCGUCGCUCUGGAACAGCAAUCUUACUACUGCUAUUGCGAAUGGAACCAUGGAAGCCUCACGCUUGGACGACAUGGUCACUAGGCUGAUGGCAACGUGGUAUUAUCUGAAUCAAGAUCAAGUGUUCCCCAAUCCUGGUAUUGGCAUGCCUAGCAGUGCCAAGACAGCUCAUCAAGCCGUGAUUGCUACAUCCAAAGAGGCCAAACCGGUCCUUCUCCAGGCAGCCAUUGAGAGCCAUGUCUUGGUGAAGAAUACCAAGAAUGCGCUUCCUCUGAAGUCACCGAAGUUGAUCUCAGUGUUUGGGUAUGAUGCCUAUACCCCCAUGUCUUUUGACCUCACUUCGAGUUUCAAUUUUGGCUCUACUGCGACCAGAUCGGACCUUUAUCAAAAUGGAACUCUAUACGUGGGAGGUGGCUCUGGUGCGAACUCUCCCGCCUAUGUCGAUGCUCCCUUUAGCGCCAUUCAGCGACGGGCUUACGAGGAUGGAUCAUCCGUUCUUUGGGAUUUCACUUCCGAGAACCCUUCUGUUGAUUACACAUCAGAUGUGUGUCUGGUCUUCAUUAACUCAUAUGCCGAGGAAGGGUUUGACCGGGCAGCCCUUUCCGAUGCGCAUAGUGACACGAUUGUGACCAAUGUCGCCGACAACUGUGCUAACACCGUGGUCGUGGUUCACAAUGCUGGUAUCCGUACUGUGGAGUCAUGGGUCCAUCAUGUCAACGUUACCGGUAUCAUACUUGCCCACCUUCCUGGCCAGGAUACCGGUCGCGCUUUAGUCGAGAUUCUUUACGGAGAUUCAAACCCCUCUGGCAAGCUUCCUUAUACCAUCGCAAAAAAGCAGUCUGACUACGGUUCUCUUCUCGAGCCUUCGGAACCCGAAGGGAACUACGUGCUUUUCCCCCAGUCUGACUUCUCCGAAGGCAUCUAUAUUGAUUAUCGUGCAUUUGACAAGAACGGAAUCGAGCCGCAGUAUGCAUUCGGUUACGGCCUUUCCUAUACCACAUUCAGCUAUUCAAAUCUGAAACUCUCGAAGAAAUCAACCUCAUUCUCAGUCUACCCCACCAAGUCACGGAUUCUCCCAGGGGGAAAUCCUCGACUUUUCGAUGGACUUGUGACUGUGUCUGCCACUAUUAAAAACACAGGAAGUGUUGAUGGGCAGGAGGUAGCUCAGCUUUAUAUUGGCGUACCCAAUGGCCCCAUUCGUCAGCUUCGUGGCUUCGAAAAGGUCUCGAUCAAGCCUGGCAAGUCAACUACUGUCAACUUCAGUUUGACCCGAAGGGACUUGAGUACUUGGGAUACUAGUGCGCAGGAGUGGGCUCUCCAGCGAGGAACUUACAAGAUCUAUGUCGGUCGUAGCAGCAGAGACCUCCCCCUUGAGACAGUUUUGACUCUCUGA